AUGACCACCAGCAUGAAGGUCGAGUCGCCAACGCCUGCGGCACCCGCGAGCUUGACGAUGCAGGUGCGCAGCGACAGGAGCCUGGUCGUGAAAUGGGAGUAUGCAGAGCCCGCAGCUUACACUUUCCACGUGAAGGUUGAGUACUACGAUCCUGCAGGGCCUAUGAUUGAGCCAGUAGAGACCAAAUCUCAGAGCUGUCAGGGGUUGGCUGUGCACCUGAAAGCAUGCACUAUGCUGGCCGACAGUGCUGCUUGCACCGUGAAGGUGUCGCUGCAGGCUUCGAAGCAGGAUGCCCCUCAUGUUCUCAGCGAGGUCGUGAGGGCGCAGACGUCGUGGGAUGGGGAGAUGUCAGCUGACGACAGCGCAUGUGAUUUGGAGAAGCACCGACAGAAGUUCUUGCCGCAGCUUGUCGAAUUCCGUGAGAGUCGUGGCUGCAACCUAAAGGUUUUGGUCGUAGGAGGGCAACACCACGGAAAAUCAGCCUUCGUCAACCACCUCUACCGCUGCUUGGAGAAGAACCUCGAUUCCGACGAUCAGGUCGAGAUGGCCCCUGCCUCUGCAGAGGAGAACACGCAAGAGGUAUUGACGGUGAAGGCUGAAGGGAUGUCGCUGAUGGACACACCGGCCAUUCCCAACAUGAGCAACGAGAUGGCAGAUGCAUUUCGGUCUUUGCUCAAUAAAUCCAUUGGUGAAGGCACACGGCGCCGGGACUUGGCCAAUCCGCCGUGGUCCAUUUCGGGGAUUGUGAGGUGGGUCUUAAACUUCCUGUGGAAUCCAGCUCAUGCAGCAGUUCUGGUCGUGUCACUACUUCAUUGGCGUGAUCAGAAGGAAGAGAUGCAGACCUACCUCAGUGCGAUGGCCAGGGACUUGAAGAACGCUUCAGGGGGAACGGUGACAUUUCCUUUCGUCGUGGCUGCUACGCAUCGCGAUUCCUUUCUCAGGGACUCCAAGGCAGUUCAUCCGCACGAAGAGCUCGUGGAAGUCUUGGACACCAUCAAGAGGGCCACCAACACCAACCACGUCUUUGCUGUUACGAACUACAACAAAGGGUAUCGUGGGAGCCUGGACGUGAAUCAAGAGACGUUCUCGCUCCUCUCGCAACUGGUCACACUCGCUUCCCGCCGUGACACCGGUGUUCCCAUGAACCACCUGCGCUACUUCCUGGCAGUUCUUUCGGUGGUGAUCUUGGCCAUUGCGAUGAUCCGAGCUUGUCUUUGA